AUGGGUCGUGUUAAGCUUCCCAUAAAAAAAAUUGAAAACCUAACCAACAGGCAAGUCACAUAUUCUAAACGUCGUAGAAAUGGAUUGCUUAAGAAGGCUUAUAAGAUGUCAAUCCUUUGUGACAUUAAUAUGGCCCUUAUCAUGUUCUCUCCCUCCGGUCGCCUCAGUCACUUUUCCGGCAAGAAAAGAAUUAUUGAAGACAUUCUUUUGCAAUAUAUCAAUCUCCCCGACAAGGAAAGAGGAUGCAUCAUUAAAAAUAAACAGUCCUUGAUCUGCACCCUGGGGAAACUUCAAACGGAAACUGAGUUAACCAAUGCAAGGAUUACUCCUCCAGGACAUAAAAGGCAGGCAGAGAUGCAACAAUAACAGGAACUCAGAAAAGAAAUUUUGGACCUGCAGCAACAACUCAAUUUAGCUGAGGCAAAAUUGAGGGAUUUGAACCAGAUAUUCAGAAACUUGCAUCCUUUAAUGAGCUUGAAGCAUGCCAACAUCGCCUUGUCGAAGCCCUUGGCCGAGUU